AGCAAGAAGAAUAUAGUGAAGAACAUCUUGAAAAUGAAGAUCAUGAUGAAUAUCAGGACGAAUCUGACGACGAAUUCGACGACGAAUUCGAUGAAGAAUUCGACGAAGAAUUCGACGACGAAUUCGACGAAGAAUUUGAUGAAAAGAAUGAAGAUCAACAUGAUAUUGAUGGAGACAAUGAUAAUGACAAAGAGAGUGAAGAUGAAGAUGGAACUGAUGAAAACAUUGAAGAGGGAGACAAGAAUCACGAUGAAAGUGAAGAAUAUGGAUAUACGGCUAAAGGGGAAUUCAUUGAAACUGAUGGCAAAGAGAAAAAAUGCGUCACUCACGUAGAUUGCUAUGACCAACGUGAACCACAGCAAUGGUGCAUAUUGAAAGAGGACCAGUCAUGGACUGACAAAGGUUGUUUCUGCGACGAAAAAAAGCUUUCGUGCGUUAUUGAACGCAAAAGCGCUGGCAAGUUGCAAUACGCUUAUUGUGCUCCUCAGCAAGGCUGGAAUUGUUUAUACGAUUAAUGACAUGCGAUAUCAAUUUUCCAAUAUUUUAAUUCCUUCUAAUAGCCAACAAUUAACAGUAUCUGUUGCGUACUGUAAUUUUUAUUAAAUACAAUCUGCU